AUGGAAGCUAAAAAUUUUGUUCAGUGUACCAAAUUGGAAGGUUUAUCCAACUGGACUGAUUGGAAAUUUGAAAUAAACUCUUUAUUUGUGCUCAACGAUUGUGCGGGCAUCUUCGAUAAUUCCCUUAUCGAGCCAAAAGCUCCGGCAGAAAGCGCGAAUGAAAAAACGAUACGCGAGUACAACGAAGCCGCAAAAGCGUAUGCAAAGGCGAAUGCGAAAGCUGCUGUGAUCAUUCGCACAAAUGUAUCACCGAAUGUGUUAAAUUUGAUCCGUAUGCAUGGUAAUUCUGCACUAGCGAUAUGGAAUGAGUUAUUAAGUAAUUUUGAGAAGGUGUCAAGCGUGAAAUUGGACACUCUUCUGCAACAGUUUUUCACUUUUCGGAUCGAGAAAGACGAAAGUGUAAUGCAAUCACUCGCACGUUUACGUACACUGUGGGUGGAUCUUCAACGUGAGCAAGAGUUGAGCGGUGAAGGAAAGUUGCCGCAGAACCUGCUAGCACCGCGAAUCUUAUCUAUUCUUCCUGAUGACGAAUAUAUAGAGUUCAAAUCACAGUGGGACUCAAUGCCAAAGACGGAAAAGUCACCUGAAAAACUGAUGAUCGAACAGAUCAACAUGCGGCUGCAAUGCAAAAGAAGAAAUCAAGAGCUUAGAAACGAAAGUACGAUAACAUUUGUGGCAAAUGCUAAUUAUAGCGCAAAACAUAGUGGAAAGAAAUGGAAGAAGAGGGUGGUAAAAAACCUCAGAUGGUCAGCCAAUCCCAAUCCUUGA